UUCCCCAUAUUCUCCCUCCUCCUCUCACCCUUUCCCUUUUCAUUUCAGAACCUUGGAAUUUCCAGAGCAAUACAGGAAGGCGAUCCUUCUCCCAGAUUCCUCCUCCACCUGGCUAUAAAUGAGAGUCCUCUCCUGUUUCCCCUUCCACUGAAGGAGACACCAGCAGUCACUGAGCUUCUUUUCCAAAAGGAAGGACCUUGAGGGGAUGAUGAGGGCCCAAAACUGGAUAUUGGUGUCUUUAUUGCUGCUCUUGGAGUUUCUGGGUUCUAGGGUCCAUGCCAGCAAUCCAGGAAUCGUGGCCAAGAUCACCCAGAAGGGCCUGAAUUAUGCUGGUGUUGAGGGAGUGGCCACCUUGGAAAGCGAACUGAUGACAAUCACUCUGCCUGAUUUCAAAGGAGAUUUUAAGAUUAAACAUUUUGGAAAUGGGGAGUAUCAUUUCAAGAGUCUUAGGAUAAAAAGUGUUGAGCUAAAGAACUCCAAACUGGAUCUGGUGCCUGGUGAAGGCCUAAAGGCAUCUAUCUCCAAUGCCUUUAUCCACGUGAAUGGCGAUUGGAAAGCGCGCAAGUCUUUUGUGAGAGUAAGCGGUUCCUUCGAUCUAAAAGUUAAAGAUAUUUCCAUUUCAGUAUCUCUGAGAUUGGGCAGUGAUAGUUCUGGGAGACCCACAGCCACCAACAAAAAAUGUAGCAGCCACAUUGCUGAUGUUGAUCUUGACAUUUCUGGAAAAAUUGGGUGGCUGCUGAACCUCUUCCAAAAACAAAUUGAGUCCAAGUUCAGAAGAAUUUUGGAAGAUAAGAUCUGCGAGAUAGUCAAGAAGUCAGUUGCCUCAUACCUUCAACCCUAUCUUCAGACUCUCCCAGUCACAGCCAAGAUUGACCAAAUUGCCGUCAUGGAUUAUACCCUAGUUGGGCCACCGGAGGCCACACCUCACAGCUUGGACACUCCCUUUAAGGGUAAGUUUUUCAGUCAAAGUCAUCGCUCUCCUGUUCCAUUUGAACCUCGUGCCAUGAACCUCCCUGAAGACCUUGACCUCAUGGUUUACUUUGGAAUUUCUGAUAGCGUCUUCAAUGGAGCCAGCCAAGUUUACUGGGCAGCAGGCACUAUGAACUACACCAUAACAGAUGACAUGAUCCCACCCAAUUUUCACAUCCGACUGAUCACAUCCUCCUUCCGAGCUCUGGUCCCUCAGUUGGGCAAGCUGUAUCCCAAUAUGCAAAUGGAACUUCAGAUAACUACUUCUUCUCCUCCCAUCAUGGUCUUCAGUCAAGGGAAUGUGACCCUCACACCAGUGAUGGACCUCCAGGCCUUUGUCAUCCUACCCAAUUCUGUCCGGGCACCUCUCUUCUUGCUCAGUGUGACAACCAGUGUCUGGGCCACCAUGGGCGUGAAUGCCAGCAGACUUGUCUCCUCUGUGAGCCCAGGAAGUAAGCUCACCAUGACACUGAAACACUCAGACAUCGGCCCAAUCAAUGUGCCCUUAAUCCAGGCGAUCCUGAAUUACUACGCUCUAAGCACCCUGUUACCUGCUGUCAAUGAAAAUCUGGAGAUAGGUUUUCCUCUUCCUUUGCCGAGAAAUAUUGAAUUGUACGACCUCCUUGUACAACCUUAUAAGGACUUUCUGCUUUUGGGAGCCAACGUCAAGUACACUAAAAGCUGAAGAGGGAGAGGACUGACAAGUAGGAGUCACACCCAGAGAUGGGAAGCUUGUUUUUCUACAGGCAAGGCUUCAUUUCCGGUGGAGAAUUAAAGACCAUUGCUGUGCUCUCUCUCCCAUUGUCUGUGUCCCUUUGGUUCUGUUCUCCAGCAUGAAUCUGCUGAAAAGAAAUGUAUCACCUGCGGACUCAGCCCAUGGAUUCCAAGCUCUGCCCGCCCCCUUAGGACCGCCAUGCCCUUCUCUGUAUGAAUUGCUGUUUUCAGUGCACUCAUUGCUGUCCAUGACUUCCAACUUCUCCUGGGGUUUGCAUACAGUUGUUUGCAUUUUGGUUCCAUUCCCCUUUCUCCUCCUGACCCCCUGCACUCGUCUUCUUUCCUUGUUGAUAUCCAAUAAAUGCCCCCCGCCAUGACUCAAUUAAAGACUGAAUGACUGUG